AGAAAUGUUGGAAGAUGCGCGGAUGGCCGCAAUUAGCCCAUACGGAACAAAUGUCUCGACCUGGGCUAGAGCAGCACUCACCCCUACGGUAUGCCUCGAAGAAGCAACUACCGAAUUUCUUGCUAGAGCAUUUAAGCACGGCGACUUGAGGGCCGACGGUAGCCUAGUGAGCAUUUUCGUCAAAGGCCUAGGCGAAGUCUAA